GUUGUAUGGCAGUCGACGCUCCACCGACUGUAGCAUUUCCAACUGCGCUCCCCGUGGCGAAAUUCUCUCACAGCUCCUGACUCGUUGCAUGAGCGGAGUGUUCAGUUGGAGGCGCAUAAAAAGCUCUGACCCUACGCGAAGUAGCCCUGUGCGACAGCUCACAGCUCUUUCGCGAUGUCAUCCUCAUCUUACGUUGCAUUACUCACCGUUGAGAAUAUCAGCAUUCUUCAAGAAGCCGCUGGCUGUAACUAUCGCUGCGUUGCAGUCGCUGCUCUCAUAUUCUAUGAACACAUCAUCCUUCUGUCAGACGAGAUAUCAAUGCUUAGGCUGUCCAGGUUGACGUUUGCCACAUUGCUUUAUCUUCUGAAUCGGUUCAUGCUUGUGCUCUUGGGCGUAACCUACGUCCUGUCUAUAUUCUGGUGGGAUACUCCCUUAGUCUGCGAAUCUGUUGGGCUUCUGCAGCGAGCCCAACGUCUACUUUCCAGCGUUUUCUGCCCUUCGUACACUCGCCAUUGGGGACUUCGUAUACGAUGCACCCGUCGACGAUGGCGACGACGUCGUGGACCGCCCUACAGACUUCACCAGCAGGCCAUUCACACCUGUAGGUGAUACAAUCGACGAGGAGAUCAGAGAGGUUCCACUUGAGGUCGUAGAGGGCCCAAAAACAUGCCUCAUCUCGUAAUGGUGCAGCAACAAGUAUAUAAUAAACCCAAUUGCAUAUGAUCACGGUUUCAAA